CCUCAGAUGGUGGGCUGUGAAUAGGAGGGUAGGGGGGCUAGUGAGGAAUCAAAGGGAAGUGUCCUACUGAUUGAUGGCCUCAUUUGCACAUGAAACUGGGACCUCUCAGCCCUGCAGGCCCUGCAGAUGUGUCUCAGCUGCUGUAACCAGGGCUGGGAGAAGAUAAGCAAAGAGGGAAUAACUUGCUUCCAGCUCAGAACACCAUAAUGGUUUUCAUCUAAGUGUCCUAGGACUGAAUCUUCAUGGCCUUUACAUUUCCUAAGUGUUGGUUGUUAUUUUUUUGUUUUUCUUUUUCAAUUGCAGGUGAGACAGAGCACCCAUGGUUAUGGAAACUUCUUCCACCUUCUCCUCUUUCCUUUUCCUGUGCGUGCUGCUUCUUUCUGACAUCAGUCUUGCAGUCUCCCUGAACCCUGGCACAAAGCUCAAAAAUGCCCCAGAGAACAACAACCACCUUCAAAACCAAGAGUUGUGGCUGCAGCAGCCCAGAACUGGGCGCCAUCACAGGCAAGGCUCGGCCAAGAAGGAGAGGGUCCAUGCCAUGCCUUCAAGAGGGCAGCUGGCUGGGGAAGAGACCCUCAAGAUGGGCAGUGGAGCUUCAGCUGUGGAAGAGCUGGUGGCAGAGGGCCAGCCAGCAGCCCUGAAACAGAAUAAGGAUGUGUUCCUGGGGUUUGAAUUGUUGUAUCCUGAGAGAGAAAACCAGUCCCCGGGCUCUGAGAAAGGAAAGAAGCAGAACCGAGAGCAGCGUCGACACAGCCGCAGGGACAGGCUCAAACACCACCGAGGGAAGAAUCCUGAUGCUGGGCCAAGCUCCCUGUACAAGAGACCCAAAAGCUUUGAAGAACAGUUUCAAAAUCUUCAGGCAGAGGAAGCUACAAGACUGACUCCCACCAUGCUCCUCACUGCUGCACUGGACACAGCUGUUUCCACAGAAGAGCCUCCUGUUCUUCCAGCCACUUCACCACGGUCACAGGCCCGUCACAGGCAAGAUGGGGAUGUAAUGCCCACCUUGGAUAUGGCACUCUUUGACUGGACCGAUUAUGAGGAUCUCAAACCAGAAAUGUGGCCAUCUGCUAAAAAGAAAGAAAAACGCCGCAGUAAGAGCCCCAACAGUGGAAAUGAAACCAUGACAACUGAAGGAGAGCCAUGUGAUCACCACCUUGACUGCCUCCCAGGCUCUUGCUGUGACUUGCGUGAACACCUCUGCAAACCACACAAUCGAGGCCUUAACAACAAGUGUUAUGAUGACUGUAUGUGCACUGAAGGUAAGGCCAGCUCUUUGCUCCCUGUCUUGGUUUAAAGGACAGGUGUCUGCCAAGGAAGGCGGGAACCUCCCUUGGAAUGGAAAAUAUGAACCACUUCCCUCUGAAUUACUAUAACUGAAAUGACGGGGCUUUCAGG